GUACUUACAUUAAUUACACACAUUUACACACACUCCAUAAUUUUUACAUCAAACGACACUAUAAAGCUACUGUUUCAUUUUCAUAUGCAUACUGCCUGAAUCCUAUCUAUCCUAUUCUAAUGGCUGCUGCGGCCGCGAACCCUACUUGCAGAACUCGCAAUUUGCCUCUGCCAAAACCAUAUCGUUCCUCAUUCAAUCAAUCACAUUUGCCCUUCAAACUCGACAAAUUUGCGUCUCGCCCUUCCGCCAUUAAAGCACCUUCGAUCUCCUGUACCAUCGCCAGAGACUCCACUCUUCCAAUGGAAAUAGACAAGAGAGAGAGCGAAUCGGCGCUUCUUCAGAGACCCGACUCGUUUGGACGGUUCGGCAAGUUUGGCGGGAAGUACGUUCCUGAGACCCUCAUGCACGCACUCACCGAGCUCGAAUCUGCCUUCCGAUCUCUCGCCGGAGAUAAGGACUUUGAGAUAGAAUUGAAUGGGAUUUUGAAAGACUAUGUUGGUAGGGAGAGUCCUCUUUAUUUUGCGGAAAGGCUUACUCAGCACUAUAAAUGUCCCAAUGGUGAAGGGCCUGAUAUUUACCUCAAGAGGGAAGACCUGAACCACACUGGGGCUCACAAAAUAAAUAAUGCCGUUGCCCAAGCUUUACUUGCAAAGCGUCUGGGAAAAAAGCGCAUUAUUGCUGAAACUGGGGCUGGUCAGCAUGGAGUUGCUACUGCUACAGUUUGUGCCCGUUUUGGUUUAGAGUGCAUUAUUUACAUGGGUGCCCAAGAUAUGGAGAGACAAUCACUAAAUGUCUUCAGAAUGCGACUUCUUGGAGCUGAGGUUAGAGCAGUCCAUUCUGGGACAGCCACACUGAAAGAUGCUACAUCAGAAGCUAUACGGGAUUGGGUGACUAACGUGGAAUCAACCCAUUACAUCUUGGGAUCUGUUGCAGGGCCACAUCCAUACCCCAUGAUGGUAAGAGAGUUCCAUGCAGUGAUUGGUAAAGAAACGAGGAAACAGGCAAUGGAAAAAUGGGGCGGGAAACCAGACGUGCUGGUUGCGUGUGUUGGUGGAGGUUCAAAUGCCAUUGGACUCUUUCACGAGUUUGUUGAUGAUAUAGAUGUUAGGUUGAUUGGUGUGGAGGCUGCAGGGUUUGGCCUUGAUAGCGGUAAGCAUGCUGCUACUUUGACUAAAGGGGAGGUUGGGGUGCUCCAUGGAGCUAUGAGUUAUUUAUUGCAGGAUGAAGAUGGGCAAAUCAUUGAGCCUCAUUCCAUUAGUGCGGGCCUGGACUACCCUGGAGUUGGACCGGAGCAUAGUUUUCUGAAAGAUAUGAGACGUGCAGAAUACUAUAGUGUCACAGAUGAAGAAGCAUUGGAAGCUUUUAAGAGAUUGUCUCGAUUAGAGGGCAUAAUCCCAGCAUUGGAGACAUCCCAUGCACUGGCUUAUCUGGAGAAGCUGUGUCCAACUCUACCAAAUGGAACUAAGAUUGUGCUCAACUGCAGUGGUAGAGGAGACAAGGACGUUCAGACAGCCAUUAAGUAUUUGAAGGUUUAAUUGAGGGUGGAGCUUCUAUCAAAAAAAGAGAAGAAAAAUCAUAUCAAGAAGAUGUCCCAGCGUUUUUCUAUUUCUUGCAAAAGUAUGUUUUGUUGUAUGAUCGAAACCAAACUCUAGCAGAUUGGACAAAAUUACUUUUUAAAGAGAAUCUUCCUCCAUAUAGAGACGUGGUUAAUGUAGUCAAUCAUAGCAUUACCCAGUAUUAUAGAGCAAGCUUGCAUAGCAUCUUGAAGCUAAUAAUUUGAAUAAAUGGGCGUUCUUUUUAAAA